GGAAAGGGGAAAGAAGGAGGGGUGUCUCGCUCUGAGGUGCGCGCGAGGCCUCGCCGCCCGUUUUUCCCUCCUCAGAAGCGCAAUGGAGGACCCGCUGCUAUCGGCGGCGCCUAUCAACCCCAACAACUUCCCGGCUAAGCUGUGGCGACUGGUGAACAGCCCGCGCUUCCGCUCCAUCCGCUGGGACGCCCGCGGCGAAGGGCUCCUCAUCGACCAGCCCUUGUUCGAGGCGGAGCUCCUGGGCGCCGGGGGAGGAGGAGGAGCCGGGGGAGGCGCGGCGGCGGCGGCCGUUGGGGGAGGCGGCCCAGGCGGCGAUGGAGGCGGCGCUUCGGCCUCGUCGUCGGGCGUCCCCUCAGGGCCGCCCGCGUCCCCGGAGCUCUUCAAGACCACCAACUUCACCAGCUUCAUCCGCCAGCUCAACCUGUACGGCUUCCGAAAAGUGGUGCUGGGCCCGCCCGGAGGGGGAGGCGGAGGAGGGUCGGCCUCGUCUUCUUCGGCCUCCUCGGCCUCCUCCUCUUCCCCGGCUUCGUCGUCGUCCUCGGCCCCCGGCGGCCCUUUGCACCAUUUCCACAGCCCGCACUUCCGCCGCGACCGACCCGACCUGCUGGUGCACCUCAAGCGCCUGACCAGCGCCAACAAAGCCAAGCUGGCCGCCGGGCUGGAGGUCACCAGCCGCCCGCCCAACCGCUUCCAGCGCCUCCUCAGCACUUCCCUGCACGGCGGGGAUGCCCUCCUGGCGCAGCAGCACCAGCACCACCAGCAACACAACAGCCCCGCGGGGCAGGCCGCCGCCGCCGUGGCAGCAGCAGCAGCAGCCUCCGCCGCCGGGGCGGCAGCCAAGAGCAGCGACAACAAGCCCGGUGAGAGAGACGGCGCGACGCAGCAGCAGCAGCUCCUGCAAGACCAGAAGGCUCUUGAGCACGUGCAGAAUAACCACAGCCUGCCAAGGGGAAGAGGGGCCGUCGAGAGAGCCUCCAGGGUUCAACCUCACAUCCCCAACCACCCACAAAAAGCAUUUAGUUUAUUGAACAAGGGCAGCAAAAAGCUUUGUGGCACCCUUUUUAUGGAUCUGUUUAGGCCAGGCAUUCCCAAUCUUCGGUCCUCCAGAUGUUUUGGACUACAAUUCCCAUCUUCCCCGGCCACUGGUCUUGUUAGCCUCUGCAAUGCCUUAGCUGAGAAGACUCCUCCCACCACAAACUCCAUCUACGUUACUGUUGCACUCGUGAUAGAGAUGUGGGGCAGAAUUCUCUUCUAUUCACCACUGACUUUAGGACAGUUUCACCGGUCUUUUCGGCGAGAUAAUUUAUCUCCAUACUCAUACCUGUCACCAUCAUCUCACAACCAAAAUACCUUCCCACUCAAAGGUUCAGAACGGACUCCUCUUCCUCCAAGAACAUGGCAGAACUCCCUUGGGAUGCUCCCAGGGCAGGUGGAAACAUCAACUUUUUCUGACAAAGGAGUUCCAUUUCCUGUGCUCCAGAGGUUUCCAACUGAGGUAACUUACACUCUGCAGCCCAGCGCUACCUCAGUGCACAUUCAGCAAGGACCACAGACGAUUGCUGCAUCAUCCCAGAAGUAUACCAGUUACGCAGCUUCAGCACCAUACUCCCAAGCUUACUACCCAACAGCUGUAUUACAGUGUUGCUCUCCACCUACCCACAUGGAUCCCUUAAGUGGCUGUGCUAGUCCUACUGCCUCAACCUAUACACACUGCAGUUAUUUUCAGAACCCACCAAUGCAAUCUUCAUACCCUGUUGAAUUUCUGCCUUCUAACUGGUCCUGCAACACCUCUGAUGAAAACAAGAAGACAGAAGUAAACUUGGAGGCUGUCUUCCAGAUUGUAGAUGAGAUGCAUUCAUCCCCCAAGUUGGAAAUGGUGAAGGUGGAACCAGUGGAGAGCCAGUGUCCAACUUCACAGCCAAACCGAGGCCAGCAGUUGCUAGUUAAUCCAGGGAACAGUGAUGCACCUUCUUCAGGCCAAGCUAGCCACCUAGAACCUCUGACACCUGUGGGCUCAGAUAUUACAUCCUUUGUGGUGGAAUCAGAGCAAGCUAUAGCAUGUUCCUUGCCACAGUCUCCUGAGUUUAUUUAUACUAUCCACACCACUGAACCAGUGGAGAAUACUGCAGCACAAAUAGUGCAGCAGCCUGCAGCCACACAGCCAACACCAGCAAAGCUGAAAGAACAGCUGAACCAAUCUUCAACACAGUCUUCCAUGGUGUUUGUACAGGAGGAACUUCCCUUCAGUCAGCCGCAGGAGGAUCCCAGUAUCAAGUGUCAGACAAAUCCAUCAGAGACAGUUGUGUCUUCAGAGCAGAUAGGAUUCCUCCUUUCGGAGGUGGGUCCUCUCAGCAAAUGUGCCAAAGAUUCAGUUUCAUCCAUCCAAACCAAAUGCAGAGAAAGAAGGAGCAGUUCACAGAAGGGCAAAUCCCCUGAUCUACAUCUGCUAGUGGAUGUGGCUUGCAAACAAGAACAUUUUCCAAAGGAAGAAGAAUUAAGGGAGUGAGAACUUGGUGGAAAGUGUGUGCAAAUGCUGAGUAGUGGCCAGCUGGGGAAGAGCAGUGCCUUUCACUCCAAAAGGACUUUUGAUACUUUUCCUUCGUUAUUAACAAAACACUCUCCUUAUCUGGUCAUUUUUGUUUCACAUGUAAAUAGUCCCGUCAUUGUUUUUAUUAUACCUCUUUCAUAGGUUUAAAUAUUUUUUCUGGUCAAUUUCUCCUGAUUUAUUUGCCCAAACUCUUUAAAAGUAGAAAACAUGGUCUCUUGAUAAACAGGAAAAUUUAACAUCCUCAGGGAGCUGUUCCAGUUGCAGAAUGUUCUUUGUUUUGCACUGGAAUGUCUACACUAUGUUGUAGCAAACAGCAGCAGCAACACCUCCCACCCCUUAGGACUGUUUAAAAUUCAUUUGGAGAGCAUUUAAAGGUGGAGGGUUUUCCAAAAUGAACAGAACUCAAAGGAACUUGAGGUCUCAAAAUCUGAGGUCCAAAUCAGUCAUUAAUUCUAGAAAGGCAUGCUCAGAAUGAUGAGUUCAUAUUCUAGGUGAUUGCACAGGAAGUUUUCUUCUUUUUUGUAUUUGUUCCUUUUCAACAGCAAAUAUUAUCUUGUCUAAGAGAACAGCUGCUGCAUAUUUUAUGUUAAUGGAGCAUUCUUGGGUUUUAAUAAUUUCCUCAUUCUAGAGGCACUUUAUAAUAAUUAGUUAAGGCAAUUGUUGUUUUACCAUAUUGCUUUGUUUAAAUAUAUCU